AUGGCGUUCCAGCAGCGGCAAGGAGGGAUCCGCCCCCGCCCUGCAGCGCCAACCCCCCAAAACAACCCACCCUUCAGGCCGAGGACUUUUUAUUCGCCUUUUUCCAACACUAAUACGGAAACUAGCUCAUCAGUCAAGAAGAAGACGAGAGGACCGCCUGCUACACCGUCAACCCCCUCGCGGGAAACACACCCCCAACCCCUAUCAAAAUUAAGUAAACGUCUAUCAAAAUCGACAUCCUGCUUAUCUGAGAUUGAAACGCCUCAACUCUCGAAUUCCCACUCGAAAUCAAUGAACACCCUAAUUUUCACAAAUUCGACUAAACCGCCCCUACGGAAAAAAUCCCACCCCUCCAGAUAUUCAUCCCACCCCUCCCUCGCUCCACCCCCUCUGCAGAAAACCCUCUCCAAAUCGACAUCCUCAUUGGCCGGAGGUCCACCCCCUCCCCUCAUGCGAUCAGUCUCCUCCCUCCAAUUUGAAGCCGCGACAUCAUCCCCCUCAAAAGUUCCACCCUGUGUUCGUCGCCAAAGGGCGAAAAAGCAGAGGCAGUACAACACCCAGGUCAUCCCUGUCGUGCUGAAAAAGGUUACCACCACCUUCCUGCAGGCCUACCCCACCCGCACCCUUACUGACCUCGAGCUGCAAGGGCUGCUGCCGCCUGACUGGUCUCCAACCUGUGUCCACGACUACCGACACUUUGGCCUCGUCAGGGUCCCGCCCUCUCCUGGCGACCUGUAUAUGAUCCACAACCUGAAUUUACAAAUUGGCGGAAUUGUUGUCAAAGGGAUGGAAAAGGUGGAGAAUCCUUACCUGUACCUGCAGUACCAGCUGAAACUGAUAGAAAGCGAGGGGAGCAAGGAGUUUUUGCUCUUCCACGCCACCAGCUACGAAAAAGUACUGGCCAUCGUGAAGGAAAACUUCAACUGGCGGCUGGCGGGAAGCCGCGUUGGCCACCGCCACGGCCUCGGCGUCUACUUCUCGAGGAGUCCAACCUUCUGCUUCAACUUCGCCAAGCAGGGCCGCUGUCAGUGCUUCCUGGUGGCCAGGGUACCGGUCGGCGCCGUCGCGACUGGCUUCUCUGACACCCGCCUGCCAGGCCCCUGCGCCGACGCCACCGGAGACGGAAAAAACACCAUUGUCAAGUACCACGACCAUGAGUUCUAUCCUCAAUAUGUCAUCCAUAUCUGAUAAAUUAUUUAAAAAAAAUUAUAGAGUAAAAAUAAUUGAUUUAUUUAUUGGAAAUGCAGAAAAACUGAUGGCACU